AAGUUGAGUUGUAUACGAAAUUAGAAUGAUUUUGGACUUGCUUUUUGUCUAAAAUACAAUAAACUUCCAGAGGUCUCAUCUAUGGCUUCCCAUGGCAGUGGAUACAACUCUCAAUCCUACAAUCCCUCUGCACCGCCCUUGCCCGACUCACAGCCCGCUUUGGCCCACCCAUACCCGUCAUCUACACUUCCUCCUCCUCCGCAUCCAAUUCCAAACUACUAUGGCCAGCCUCACCCUCAGAGCAAUUAUGGGUCGGUUUCAUCAUAUGGGUACCCUUCUUUUCCUCCAGGGACCCACCCGGAAGUGAUUCAGAGCUUCCAAACGGUGGACAGGGACAUAAGUGGGUUCAUAGAUGAGAAGGAGUUGCAACAGGCUUUGUCUUCGAGUUACCAGAGGUUUAGUCUGGAGACUAUUCGGUUGCUCAUGUUUCUCUUCAAGGACCCAAUUGAGAAAUCUCUUAAAAUUGGGCCCAAAGAGUUUGCUGCAUUAUGGAGCUGUCUUCGUCAAUGGCGGGCCAUUUUUGAGAGAUUCGACAGGGAUCAGAGCGGAAGAAUUGAUGCAAUGGAACUAAGAGAUGCUCUCCACAGUCUCGGAUAUGCAAUUCCACCUUCUGUUCUUCAAGUUUUGAUUUCUAGAUAUGAUGAUGGAAGUGGCCGGAGGGUUGAGCUUAAUUUUGAUAGUUUUGUUGAGUGUGGGAUGAUCGUGAAGGGUUUAACUGAAAAAUUCAAGGAGAAGGAUCCUCGUUACACUGGUUCGGCAACGCUUACUUAUGACACAUUCAUGUCUAUGGUCAUUCCAUUUCUUGUGUCAUAGCCUUUACCUUUUGAUUUUCAAUUCCUGUGUUUUGAGCAUUGGCUUGUAUAUCCAAGAAUAAGAGAUGUGAAAGAUUCUCUGUAAAUUGAGAAAUGUGUAUAUCUUUGUAUACAGAAGGUCUCAUUUAGAACUGUCGCUUAGGUAGUUUCAUACACCUUAUGAAUUAGCAGCAGGGGUGAAGAAUUGAUUUAGCUUCUGGAAUAUAAAUGAUGAUUUCUUGGAUUCAGAACAUUGAUUUGAAAUACUGAGAACCUUUACAUGAU